GUCUGGACAAGAAGGAAAAGUUCCAUCACCAGUUCAGUUCCAACGAGCAGCAGUCAGAAAAUUGUGUGUGAAUCUGCGUCAGCAAAGCGAAAAAAAUUCGGCCCUGCUCGGUUUGGGCCCCUCAAAAUCGAUUUUGAAAAGUUCGCGGAACCCGUGAAAACACGGAUUGCGGUCCGGAGAGGUGCUUUGUUGUGAUUUCGGAGCCUGUGUGGACGCGGGGAGUGGAUUUUCGAUUUUCCUGUUUCUUUUUUCUUCUCUCGCGUUCCGCGACGGGUGGUGAAGAAGGAUGUGGUCCUUCUUCUCCCGGGACUCGGCCAAGGACUUUCCGUACGAGAUUGGCGAGCCCGUGGCGCAGUUCGAUUCGCGUAGCAUCUGGUCGCUGCACCGGGGCAAGCGGAAAGGCUCGGCGGCGGCCGCGGCCGGAGUGGACGCCGAGGUGUCCGUGUUUGUUUACGACAUCCGGAACGGGACCGACGUGAAGCUGGAGCUGGCCAAGGCGGCGGUCAAGCGGCUGAAAACACUGCGCCAUCCGAGCAUUCUCCAGUUUCUGGACAGCCUCGAAACGGACAAGGUGCUGUACGUGGCCACGGAACAGGUGGAACCGUUGGGGGCGCACUCACUUGGGGCCGAGGGCCACCAGCGGGAGCUGUACCUGGCCUGGGGCAUCUUCCAGAUCACGCGCGCCCUGUCCUUCCUCAACAACGAUGGCAACCUGCGCCACAACAACGUCUCCGUUUGGUCCGUGUUUGUCAACGCCAGCGGCGAGUGGAAGCUCGGCAGCCUGGAGUACGUGUCCUCGACGGAUGCGUCCGGAGCGGCGCCACCGAUCAAAAUUCCCCCGGCACUGGAGAUCUACGACCCGCCGGAGAAGAACGACCAGGCCAAGCUAAAGUCGGUGACCAAGUGCUCGACCGACAUGUGGGGGCUCGGUUGUCUGGUUUGGGAGUCGUUCAACGGGCCGCUGCGAGCGCGCGGGAAUCUGAAGGAUCUGGCUGGGGUUCCCAAGUCGUUGGCUCCGCUGUACUGCGAGCUGGUCGGGGCCUCGCCGGCCAAUCGUCCCAAUCCGGCCGAUGUGAUUACCAAGUGCCGGAAGCCGGGCGGGUUUUUCAAGAAUGACCUCGUGGAUACGUUGCUGUUUCUGGAGGAGAUCCAGAUCAAGGACAAGGCCGAGAAGAAUCGAUUCUUCAGCGCGCUGACGCCCCAGUUGGACAACUUUCCGGAUAAUGUGUGCAAGAACAAAAUUCUUCCCCAACUCAUCACGGCCUACGAGUACGGAGACGCGGGUUCGGCGGUGCUAGCUCCAAUGUUUAAGCUUGGUCGAUUACUGGACGAGGUCGAGUACCAGAAGCGAAUAGUGCCGUGCGUCGUGAAGCUGUUUGCAUCGACCGAUCGCGUAACGCGAUCGCGACUCCUACAGCAGCUGGAACUGUUCAUCGGGCACCUCCAGACGGGCGUCGUCAACGAUCAGAUCUUUCCGCAGAUUGCCCACGGCUUUCUGGACACCAAUCCAACGAUUCGGGAACAAACUGUUAAGUCAAUCAUUCACCUAGCGCCAAAGCUAAACUACAACAACUUGAACGUUGAGGUUCUGCGACACUUUGCACGGUUACAAUCACGGGACGAUCAGGGUGGAAUCCGCACCAAUACGACCGUCUGUUUGGGGAAGAUCGCACCACACUUGCAUCCGCAGGUUCGACAACGGGUCCUCGUUUCGGCGUUCAUCCGAGCCAUGCGAGAUCCGUUCCCGCCGGCACGCGUCGCCGGCAUUCUGGCGCUGGCCGCCACCCAGCAGUACUUCCUGCUGGCGGAGGUCGCGAACCGCAUCCUGCCGGCGCUCUGUCCACUGACCGCAGACCCCGAGAAGACGGUACGCGAUCCGGCCUUCAAAACGAUACGGGGCUUCCUCGGCAAGCUGGAGAAGGUCAGCGAGGAUCCGAGCCUGCGCGAGAGCAUGGAGGCCGACGUUCACACGGCGACUCCGUCGCUGGGCAAUGCGGCCGCUACGUGGGCCGGCUGGGCCGUGACGGCCGUCACCGCCAAGUUCUACCGCAGCCAGAGCGAUACGGCGCGACCACGGCCACCCCUAACUGGUAAAAAUUUGAGUAAACCUGCUUCGCUGGAACAACCCUCGAGCAGCAGCAUCUCGACGACAACGAGCAGCGUCACGUCGAUGACGUCGCUGGAGCACGAGAGCGCGGACACGUCGGCGUCUGCGAGCGACUACGGGCCGGACAACUGGGACCACGAGAAUUGGGGCGAUAUGGACACAUCACAGGACCCGAGCAGUCCAAUGGCCGGCACGUCGAAUCCGCUUACCACAAGUCUCAACAUCGUCAGCACGGCGAAUGACACGCGAGACGGUUGGGACAACGAGGACUGGGGUAGUUUGGAGGAAGAUCCGAACGAAGUGCUCGACGAAAAGGAAGAGGACGAACUGGUUCGCAACCAGCAACAGCAUCAGCGUCAGUCCUCGUCCGGCGUGCCAUCGUCGACGACCACGAGUGCGUCCACGUCCUCCGGUGCCACGGUGGUGCCCUACCUGCCCAGUUCCAACAACAAUGCCAACAACAAUCUCCCGAAUCACCACCACAACAACAGCACGUCGUCGUCGCCGGCGCCCCCGCCCGUGGUGACGUCCACGACGCCCAUGGGAGUGCCGCACAGUAGUCCCAGCAAAAUGCUCGCGCUGAAGAAUAUGACCAACAUCAUGAUCAACAACUCCAACUCGAACUGGAGCAACGCGGGCGGGGACGGCUGGGCCGAUGGCGAUUUUGAACCGAUCGACGAGCCGAGCACAGGAAACUCCAAGCUGGACGAGGCCCGGCGGAAGCGCGAAGAGAAGAAACAGCAAAGGCAGCGUGAACUUGAGGCUCGGAGGGCGGCCCGAAGUGCGGCGGGUGGACCGGGUGGGGCCGGAGCGGGUGGCCCCGGAAGUAGUGGACCGAUGAAGCUGGGCGCCAAAAAGAUCCAGCUCGAUUGAGUAAGCGAAACCGGCGACGACGACGACGACGACGGACAUGGAACGGGACGGAACUAGGCGGAAGUUGUUGUUGUUGUUUGAUUGUAAGUGAACUUUGUUUGGAAAAAGAGGAAAUCCCGGAACGGAAAAUGGGUACGUAUCGGAACCGUUUGUCAUUGUCUGCGUGUGAAUGUGUGUUUGUCCUUGUCUGUCGUAAGUUGGGGUAGGAAGGAGAAUGACGUCGGAUCGUCGCCAGCGUAAUUUUAUUUUUUGGAUUUAAAAUUGGAAUGUUACUUAAAGAAACAUUCCGACUAAGUCAAAAAUACGAGGAAAAAAAAGCGGAAGGAAAUCGGAACUUGAGCGUGCGGAAAAGGAAAUUGAAAACAGGGUUUGUGAAGAGUAAGAUUUUUUCGCUCCUUUCGCAAGGGCAUUUGUCAUCAUCUUGUAUUAGCUUUAACUAAUGAAUUAUACGAAUUUAGAGACUUUUUCCUAAUUAAAAAACAAACAAAUUACUCGUAAAAUACAAGUAAAACAUCAAAAAAUCGCGCAGAUUUGAAACCAAACUCCGCCAUUCGUACCUACACAAGUAUAUUUCUCCGUGUUUCCCCAUUGGAAAAGCAGCUGGGCGAAAAAGCUCGGCCGAUUUAAACAAAAGUCUGUAGAUAGGCAUGAAUUACCAAAAGAAAAGAGAAGAGUAAACAAAAAAAAACACAACAUAGAUAGUGAGAAAUUUAUUGAAACUAACUGCACCUUAAUAGAAUUUAAAAGUCAAACCCGCACACACAAAAAAAAAAAAAAAAUGCCCGCAUGCUCCCAGUGUAAAACCAAUCGAAACCGAAAAAUCAAUAGUUGUUUAAUAUGUCUCUCCCGCUCUCACUCUCUAGCGAUCAAGUCAAUCCAGAUGAAAAGCAAACCUUUUCCCAUCGCUUCCGCCAACCUGGUUUUUUUUUUUCCACUUAGGGGCGAAAUUUUCGCCUAAUUUAGAAAAAAAAAAUGACGUGACGAGUGCACCCUGGCGAAGGUACCAAAGUAGGCCGAAACGUUGGAUUAGCGGAUUUUUUUGUUUGUGUUGUUGCUUUUGACGUUUCUGCGGUUAUUUUGAAAUGUUUCAGAAUGCUAUAGCAAAUUUUGCCCGUUGCAGGCAGUGACGUAACCAAGCUUUUCGGCACACUCAGCAAACGUCAAACUCGUACAAAGUUAUUGCCGGAUCUCUUCCGAGGUAGAUCAAUCAGCAAGUUGGUACUAGUUUGACGUUUGCUGAGUGUAUAUUUGGCACCCUCCACAAACGUCAAACCAUACCAAUUUGAUGCCGGAUCUUUUCCGGAAUAAAUCCAAAAAAAGAUCCGGCAGCAACUUUGUACUGGUUUGACGUUUGCAGGGGGUGCUGCAAAAAAUUGAUUAGGGAGUAUUCUUUUAUUACGUAACGCAGUUGGGGGUGGGAGGAUUGGAGGCCGCGUUACGCUACAUAAUUUAUUUUUAAUUUUUGUAGGGAACUUUUGUUACGAGGGGGUCCAAAAAUCUUUUUUUUGCGCUCCCUUGUGUCACUGUUUGCAGAAAACAAUAACCCCUCAAAUUUUGUUGCGAUUAAACUUACUCAAAAAUGAGUUGUUAUUAAAGAGUACGAUCGGAUUACUUCAAAAUUGCCUCCUGAAUCAGUUUUAAGUCAUUCAUUAAACUAAGGUGAACUUCACUCAAGUUUUGGAAAAUUACACUCUACUUAUUUUUGAGUAGUUAUUACUGAAACCUGACAUUUUAUUUAAAACUGAGUUGAAUUUUGAAACGCAGCAUUCAACAUGCAGCUAAAAUAAAAUGUUUUAGGAGCUCGCUGAUCGCACGCAAAAUUUGACAUUUGGCCAGUUACUCAUUCUUGAGUAAGGUCAGAUUUCAUCAAAACUACGCUUGCUGCGACUAAAGCCGAAUGUCAUAUUAUGGUGAGUGAAACUGGUUCCACUUAAAUCUGGGUAACAUUCUACCCUAUUCAUUUUGAGUAAUUAUCACUCAAAUCUGACUUUUCGCUUGACACUCAUUUCGGUGUAAGUUUGUGUUUGAAACGUUUCAAAAUAAACUGAUUUCAAGACUUUGCUAGAUCGCGCACAAUCUCCGUACACAAUACAGUUUAUGUAUUUUCUCCCAAAUUUGUCAAAGCUCCCACCUUAUGAAGAAGCAAAAAUCUAAACCGAAAGUAAAUUCACACAUUGCAAAGAGAAGAAAUCAUACAUUAUUUAGCGUCAGAGAGCAUUUGCAGCCGAACUUUCUCCAGCUGUUGUGCGUGCGCCAAUAGUAACAAAAAAAAGUACAUCUUAUUUAGCUGAAGCGUUCGACCUACGGAUGUAACUAAACUAAAGUAAACAAAAAAAUAGCACAGAUGGUAGAAGAAGAUAAAAAAAACAUUGCCUUUUUAUAUUAAAAAAACAGUAAAAGUAAUUAAAGAAAGUAAAAUCAAGUAAAUUUAAAGUGGUAAUCGAAUCGAUAGAGAACUCUUUUUUGUAAUAUUUGGAUAUUUGUAACGACUAAGAGAAACAUAGCAGAACAGAAGAAAG